AGUUUUGAGUCACUUUUGCAAAAAGCCCAAUUUAGUAUGGUCAACAUAAAACAGGUAAAUUUCCUCGAAAAAUCUAAAGUUGAAGUAUGUAUGCAAGUUAUCUAAAUUUCUUAAAGACAGUAUUUCUUAAAGGGGUAGCCAGAAAUUUCUUAAAGACAGUAUUCUUUCUUGACCUAUAAAAUUUUAAUAAACCCCUGGCUAACCUUGAACUUUAAGUUUUAAAUUAUUCCAAAGAAUAUAAAAUUUGUUAUUAUAAAUUAUAACAAAGUCCAUCUGAUUAUGCCAACACUUAAACACCGAAUCACAUCAAAACAUCAAAAUUCCACAGUUAAUCGUGUUUGGGACCAUGCAUGACUUUUUAGAAGUCUUCCUUCUUUUAAUUUUCAUAAAGAACACAUAUUCUUCAUAGAACCUUAUAGUCAAACCGAAUAACUUAUGAAAAAGUCAAUGGUCUUACGUACGAAUUUAUCAACAAUAAGUAGGAAACCUAUUCACGUUAAACAACUUAAUCUCAUCCACACUUAAAACAUAUCUUAGCUAGAGAGAGAUGGCUAGACACUUAGAAGAUGUAAUGGGCAUGGCGACAACAACACAGUUCCAUGUUAGUUACCUUGUUCAUGUUGUGUUCUUGGCUCUAUUAGGCUGUUGUGUCCUCUCGGCCGUAUUACUCUCUUGCGCCGAUGGAGCUUCCGACGACAGAGCCACUUCUGGUAACACACCCGCUGCCGGAGGUUGUGGCGGAGCCGGUUGCGGCGGUGGUUGUGGAGGUUAAGAGUUCCUUCAUCUUCAUCGUGGAAACAGAUAAUAAUAGUCGAUUAUUUUUCAUAUUAUGGUUUGUGUAGUCAGCUUACGUUUUAUUGUUAUACAGCUCUCUUUCGUUGCUUUUCUCAUAAUAUAAGAAUAGACCGUAUAAAUAAAUCGUAUUAUUAAAGCAUAAAAUACUAUUUCUUGAAUUUCGAUUUGAAGUUAAAAUACAUAAUGAUAUUAAUUUGUUGCUAAACAUUGCAUCUAAUUAAGAACACAAACAAAACUGGUACUAUCUUUGUUUUUUUUCAUGAGUUGCUUUAUUUCUAAGCCAGAUCCAAAUCCUAUUUCGAAGCCUUAAUUUCAGAAGAGAUUCACAAUCCACAAAAAACAAAACAAAUAUGAAAUUACCAUCAAAUCUUAGGAUCCCACAUCCAGAAAAGUUUCUUCAUGCGUUAAUGUGAUUAGAAUCUGUAGACCGUUUGACAAAAAAAAAGAUUCUUUAGACCUAAUGAUCUUGGCUUGUAGUUUCUGCAUAAAAUCUGGAUUGGCUUGGAGUCUUUGUUUCACAUUCAAAGUCUUUGUAGAGUGUGCUUCCUCGAAAUCAGAUUCAAAGUCUUCAUCUUUCACUCUUUGAAAGGUUGCUUUGGAGUGAGUCCAUCACUUUAUCAUCUGUAUCACCGUGUUUGUCAACAAGUCUUCUCUGUAGAAGUCCCUCAACAACUCCGUGCAAAGUGUCUUUAUUUCCUUCGUUGAAGUACUUCUCUAUACGUACUUUAAGCUCUGAAACCACCAAUAUCUUGACUCAUUUCAUCGAAUAAUUAACUGAAAUUCCAAAUCUUGAAUCGGUGGAUAAUAAUAAAAAACAGUACUUU